AUGCCUUUCCACUUAAUCCUCGCAAAAGAUGGUCGUUACGAAGAAGACGUCACACUUUCGGGGCGAUACAUGCCCAUUGUAAUGCUCACACAGACAAAGAACCCGAACGCCAAAGCAAAGCUCGAAGAGGCUCGGUGCCGACGUCCCGACGACGCUGAUAUCCGUUACUUCUUCAGGCAUCGCUUCCCAAAUGUACGAUUGGUAGGGGGUGCGAGCCAUACGAAUGUCGGCGAUCACGCUGCCUGUGACGACAAUGUACAAAUUGCGUAUCGACUCGCACGAUGCCUAACGCUGUCAGCGAAAGCUAAAUCGUACAACAAACAAAUUGACCCUUCACAGAUCAUCGCCUCCUAUAUCGCCGUCCUUUUGCACGAGCUCGCCCACUGCCUUUUGGUCUGGUGGUCACGAGGGGACUGCCGAACGCCUGAUUUUGGUCCACUCCUAAGAGAAUCAGGAGAGUUUGUCGAGGAGGCUUUUUUGGGUGGGGUCUUAGAAGGCUGGGCACUUCAAGUGUUUGAGGAAACUGGUCAUCGAAACACGGUCUGGCUUUUUUCUGGAACUGGGGCGCGAGAUAGUGCGAUGUCCCAUUGGCGGAAACGACACAAUUUUAUUGGUUUGAAGGGGUGUGCCCCUGGCAAGCUGUGA